AUGUUGUCUACUCUCAUCAAACGAUCAUUAUUUCGUUUAACUCGUUCCCGUCAUUUUUCACGCUUGAUCAAAGAAGAAGAUGCUAACGAAAAUAGUUUGCAUUGUUCCAUAGCUGAUUCAUCAACACCGUUACCGCUGAUUAUUCCAACAUCAGGCGUGCCCAUUCAUCUUUAUACGCGUGAAAUCGAAUCGAAAGCACUGAAACAACUGACUGUCUUAGCUGAAAGUGGCAUUGUCAAAGGUUUUGUUGCUGCUAUGGCUGAUGUCCAUGUAGGUGUUGGUGCAACGAUUGGAACUGUGUUUGCUUCGUUAACUCAUGUGAGUCCGUAUGCUGUUGGCGCUGAUAUUGGUUGUGGAAUGAUUGCUGCACCGAUUGAUGGUUUAACGAAAGCUAAACUGAAUGAAAAAUGGAAAAAGGAGAUUCAACGCGCAUGUACAAACUACCUUAGAAAUCAAAUCUGUGAUAUUACAAAAAAACAAUUAGGGACAUUAGGAUCGGGAAAUCAUUUUCUUGAGAUACUCUAUGAUGAAAAUGAUCAAGUCUGGAUCAUGCUACACAGUGGCUCGCGACGAAUCGGGAAAGAAACAUGUGAUUAUUAUCACGGUAUUGCCGGUCAACAAAUGUCUCAACGUCGUUUACCUGUCAUCAAUGAAUUGAAAUACCUAGAAAUCGAUUCAUCUGAAGGUCAAGAUUAUUUGAUCGACAUGCGAUGGUGUUUGAAUUAUGCAGAACAAAAUCGUCGAAUAAUGCUAGACGAACUCUGUUCGAUUAUCAAAUUAGUCACUGGUUACGAAGCUGAUUUGAAACGAAUGGUAAACAUUCAUCAUAAUUAUUGUCAACAGGAGAGAAUUUCCUUCGAAGGGCCUGAGAGUGCAACAGAAGAGCUCGUUUGGGUGACCAGAAAAGGUGCGACGAGUGCACGAAAAGGACAGUUAGGAAUUAUUCCUGGUUCUAUGGGAACUGGUUCUUUCAUCGUCCAAGGAUUGGGCAAUUCUCUGUCGUUUCAUUCAUGUUCACAUGGUGCUGGAAGGUUGAUGUCAAGAACAAUGGCAAUGAAACAGAUCUCUCAGCAGUCGUUUGAACAAGCAAUGCAAGGAAUUGUUAGCGAUACGAGUGCAGCAUUGAGAGACGAAGCACCACAAGCAUACAAAAAUUUGACAACAGUGAUGACGAAUCAAGAAACUUUAGUGAAAAUAGUUCAUCGACUGAAACCGCUCAUUAACGUUAAAGGCGUAUCGGAGAGAAAUAUUCGUUUUUCAAAGAAAUCCAAUAAGAAAAAAUAA